AUGGCUGGCGUCCCGAAUUCGAGAGGAUGCGACGCGUGCCGCAGACAAAAGAAAAAGUGUGAUCAAGCUCAGCCAAUAUGCUCUCGAUGUGCGCGUCUCAAAACGGCCUGCGUAGGAAGUGGUGUGAAGCGAUUCGUAUUUAAAUCGGAGAACCAACAAGCAGCUAAAAAGGUUUCGCAAGCUGUAGUCAUUACACGAACCAACCCGACACCAGCUCCAGUGCUAAGCAAUGAAAAGACCUUAAUAUCCGGAAAAUUGGUACAUAUCCUCAACCUCGACGAUCCAGCAUAUGAUAUCUCGACGUUUGGCUUAUUUGUCGUGGAUCUCCCUCGAUAUGUCGGCUCUAGCAAGUCCCUCGACGCGGCCAUCAGUGCCUUUGUCGCGGGAUUCGGUACCCUUAAAAAUAAAACGAUGUCAAAGAUUUUUGCACUAGAUCGAUAUGUUUAUGCUAUCAAGAUGUUGCGAGAAACCAUGAACGACCCUGUAUUAGCGAACACGAAGGACAGCAUGUGCUCUAUAUAUUUGAUUGCCAUCUGUCAAGAAUGGCUGGGACAUGCCUCUGGGUAUACAAAACACUAUGAAAUGCUUGGGCAUUUAAUCCAAAAUUCUAUUCAGAAGCCCUCUUUUGAUCCCUCCGAUCUACCUUUCAUGCAAACCAUUCUCGGUGCUGUGAUCCUCGAGAGUUUCAAUAAUCCAAACAUACAAUUGGGUCCAUGGUACUGGCAAGCAAUGUCGUUGUUUAGUGGUGGCGUUCGACCCCUCAAGUCUGGCGACGGCAUGUCCUUUACAUCGCUAGAUCUUGCCACUAUGGCAGAACUGUCUUGGUAUCUCCGCGAACCAGAUAAAUACCUUUAUCAAAUACGCUCUACCUACGCUGUCCUACGAGCGGAACAACCGCGACUUAUCCAAAUUGCGAACAUAUCAGUCUCCAAGGCUAGAGAAACAUGCUCCACAUCCCAACAGAGGAGACUCGGCAUGCGUUUCCAUAGUGCAAUCGCAGCGAUGCUCACCAUGGGGAUAGUCUUGAACCGUAUCAUACGCGUCUACGAUGGCGAUCCUACUCUUAUGAAAGAGGCUCAGCGCUACGUCGACGAAAUUAUUGACCUAGGUAUAGAAGCUAGCUCCAAUCGACCGAUUGCUGCGGCUUCCAUAGCGACCCCUCUCACCAUAGCGCUGGCUGCCGUGGAAGAUUACAGGUAUGCGGAGGUGGAGGUGUUGCUGUUGGAGUACCAGACUGAUUUUGCCGGAUUACAUUAUUUUGACGAUGUUGAGAGGAUUCGACGGCAGUUUGAGAAUAUUGACAAGAGCUAUCAAAAGAAGAGAGGGCUGCUGACACCAAAUGAGCAGGGUGUGGAGGAAAGCUUGAUAACAAAAGAAACAGAGAUGGAUAUUGGACCUGGGUGCACGAUACUAUAG